AUUUUUGUGACGAAAGGCCUUAUGGGGCCUCUCGUCACUAUGCCAUCGGUUUGAGUGAGUGAAAGAAAGAGUUGUAAACAAUAGAAUUUCACUUGAAGCAGGCGUUCCUAGCGGUCAUUCAUCGAACACGUGAUCGUCGUCGUAGAUGUCGCUGGCGAAGAGGGAUCGGAUUGAUUUCGGAUUACGACGUUGUUUUGAAUUAUAGUCCACGAGCAAAAAAUGAUUGGAGUCAAACAUGUGCUUUCUCUUCGCACUUCUCGUUUGAUUUCACGAGCUCUUGUGAAGAAUACCAACAUGAGCACUCCUACAACAAACCCACAACAACAACUCAACAAAGCUGACGACUCACCAGAUGUUCAACUAGAGGGUUUUGUUCAUAGCCUAAGUCCUGUUAAGCAUGCGAAAAAAAACAGAAAACCAUACUUUGACUGUCUUGUCCAAACUGGGGAAGCUGAAAAGGUCCGUGCCGUGUGCUAUGACCCACAGCUAAGAAAAAAUCUCCUUGAACCAUACCAAAAUAAAUCAACAAUAAAAAUCACAGCCACCAAAAGAAUGGCUAGCACCAGUACCUCUGAAGAGUUCAGAAUGACGAAAAAAUCAAAGAUAACAUCAGCAGCGCCAGAAUUCUCAUAUAACUCCCAAGUUGUCUCAUCUAUUGUGACGGUGCAAGAAGCGUUAUCAGCGCCAGAAUACAAGGCAGUUGACAUUGUUGCUAAGGUGGUAACAAAGAAUCACGAAAAUCAAUUGAUCAUUAAAGAGCCUCAGUCACGAAACGAAAAUAGAGUUUAUUUGAAUAUUGAUAUCUGAAAAACACUGGCUGAAAAUUUGAGCGAAAUCGUUUAAAACCUCGAAAAGUUAUUGUUUUUUAGGGAAUUUCAAACUUUCCGCGCUUUAUGUCCCCUCCAUCAAUCGCUCGGCCAAGCAAUCACGUGACGACGCUUCCGAUCACGUGUGCGUGCUCGGCGUCAUAAUGUUGGUUCAGUUCAAUAUGGCGGACAGAGAAAGUAAGACGUGCGACGGUGACCCUCGCGAUAAAAGGAAAAAUAAGGGCCGAUUUUGUGUAGCAGGCCUACCGAAUAAUGUUAGCUGCAAAAA